CUAGUGGGAGUGAAGGGGCGAUGAGUUGAGAGAUCGGUGCAAUGAGAGUAUGCGAUCUCUGUGUUAUUAAAUCUGUUACUGUUAACCCCUCAGAACUUAUAUUACUGUAGGUCGGUGACGAAGUCCAGGCCACGACAUGGGCAGCGCGUCUUCCGCCUAUCGGAUGAUUUACCUGGACGUGGAUGGACGGAUUCAGAAGGUGGUGUUUAGUCGUUUCUGUAGUCCAUGUGACACUAAGGAGCUACUCUGUACUGCCAUAGGCCUCUCCAGGAACACAACCAUUUCACUUCUGGACUCAACAGGAGCGAUGGUUUCUAUUGACCCCACAAUGCCAAGCAACACGGAGAGGUCACCAUACAAAGUGGUGCCAAUAACUGGCGGACAACUUGCAGAUAAAGAAGAGCUUUUCCAGAAUGUAUUGACUCAGGUGGCAGAGCAAUUCUCCAGGGCAUUCAAAAUAAAUGAAUUGAAGACUGAGGUGACGAAUCGUCUAGCCAUGCUGGAGAAAAGAGUUGAAUUGGAGGGUAUGAAGGUGGUGGAGAUCGAGAAAUGUCGCAGUGACAUCAAGAAGCUGCGAGAGGAGAUGGCCUCCAGGAACAACAGUAGUUUUCUAGAUGACAACAAGAAAUUAACUCCUCGCAAAGAUGUGCCUUCAUACCCAAAGUAUCACCUCUCCCAGGAGACAGUAGAAGCUUUGAGGCAGCCAAUCUUCGAUGUGUGGCAAUGGGAACCUAAUGAGAUGCUGAGCUGUCUGGAGCAUAUGUACCAUGACCUGGGACUGGUAAAGGACUUUAAUAUAAACCCCAUCACACUGAAAAGAUGGCUGCUCUGCAUCCACGACAAUUACAGAAACAAUCCUUUUCAUAAUUUCCGGCAUUGCUUCUGCGUCACACAGAUGAUGUACAGCAUGAUCUGCCUCUGCAACCUACAGGAAAAGUUCCCACAAGUAGACGUUCUUAUUUUGAUGACAGCUGCCGUGUGUCACGACCUGGAUCAUCCCGGGUACAACAAUACGUAUCAGAUUAACGCGCGCACAGAGCUGGCUGUGAGAUACAAUGACAUCUCUCCUCUGGAGAAUCACCACUGCGCUGUGGCCUUCCAGAUCUUCUCUCAGCCAGACUGCAACAUCUUUGCCAACUUUGAUCCUGAAGCCUUUAGACAGAUUCGUCAGGGAACUAUUACUCUGAUACUGGCAACAGACAUGGCUCGACAUGGAGAGAUACUGGACUCAUUUAAACAGAAAGUGGACAACUUUGACUUCACUAAUGAGGAACAUGUUACUUGUUUAAAGAUGGUUCUGAUUAAAUGCUGUGACAUCUCUAAUGAAGUUCGGCCGAUGGAGGUUGCUGAGCCUUGGGUGGACUGUUUGCUGGAAGAGUAUUUCAUGCAGAGCGAUCGAGAGAAAGCAGAGGGUUUACCUGUCGCUCCUUUCAUGGACAGAGAAAAAGUGACCAAGCCCACUGCUCAGAUCGGCUUCAUCAAGUUUGUCCUCAUUCCCAUGUUUGAGACAGUGAUGAAGUUGUUUCCUCAGAUUGAGGAGGUAAUGGUACAGCCACUAAGAGAAUCCCGGGACAGAUACGAGGAGCUCAAACAGAUAGAUGACGCAAUGAAUGAGGUACAGAAGAAGAAGAGUGAAAACUUAACAAUGGGAGGAAAAAAGAAAUAAGAUAACAUUCUCAUUGCAGACAUUAAAAAUGGACAUUGGGUGACAUUUUGUCAUUUCAGAAAAUCCAAAGCUUCUUUCAGGGAAUUGAGUUUUAACUCUGAUGUGUCCACUCUAUAAAUUAUAUUUUCUAUUUGUGUUGUUUUUAUUGGAUUUGUACAGGUAUAAACAUUAUACAGGAUGUACAGAUUUAUAGUCACUUUUACUCAAAAAGAAAAUAAAAGUCUAUCUUUUAAAAAAAAAAUUAUGAGAUGUCAUUUCAAGAGUAUGCUGUUGCUGCGUCAUCUGCUCGCUGUCUGAGUGAGACUUUGUGAUAACACCAAACAGUUCACUACAGGGUUAAAAAUAAAAUCAUUUAAACUGGCAGUAAAAAUGUCACUGAACAGAAUGAGCUGGGUGAUUAUUAAAAUAAUAAAUGAUAUUUUUUCCAAGUAGAUGUAAAUAGAGUCUGUCAUUCAGCUGGUGGUCUGGGGCACAGAGUCACUUUCUGUUUUACUUUUCUUUCUGGGAUUAGAGCCAUUUGCAGAUGCUCUCUUUUUGCUUUCCUGUUCAAGCCUUUCCUGUUUCUUCUGUAAAUAUGAUGCCA